AUGUUCUUUCUGUUGCGGUAUGCUAAGGUCAUGGAAGCCGAUGAGAAGCACUUCUUCUUAUCCCAGUAUUGUCUGGAGCUUGCAUUGCCAGAGUAUAAUAUGUUGAGGUAUUCCGCAAGUCAGUUAGCGGCAGGCGCCUUGUAUUUAUCCAACAAGUUGUUGAGGAAGCCGACAGCGUGGCCACCACAUGUGGCCGUGCAUUGUCCUAACACUGAGCACAACGUGAAGGUGGUGGCGAAGGAACUAUGUGCAUUAUUGCAAGUAGCUACCAAUGAGGACCAUUCGGGGACGCAACUCAGGGCUGUGAAGAAGAAGUUUCAGCUCUCCAAGUUCUGGAGUGUGUCCCGUAUGGUGCUCGGAUGA